UAAUCAACCAACUAGAUUGAGCCGACUGCGAGAGUACUGACAACAAACAUGAGUUUAGGAAUUUCGCAAUUGACAAUGGAAGAACAACAUGUUAGUUUUGUAUCCGUUCAAUGAAUAGCUAGACUUUUGGACAAACUCACCAUGUAAGCAGGUGAGAUUGGGAAACGUGACAGUAUUUGUUUAAUGAGUACUGAGAACAUUCAAUUGAGUGAUCUGGACUCGCACUCGGCCCUACGCUGAAUCUCCCGUUUCUGGUCAGUCAGCAAUGUCCGUCCUUAUCCUGGCAGUGGCGGUAGCUGCUCUGCGCCUGUCACAGGCCACAUUAACCCGGACCGGGGACGCGACAGAUGACAUUCCCGGCCCAUCCUACGUUGCCGCGAUCUACGAGCACAAGGUGAUCCUGAACCCGGAACCGCACGUGCCUCUGUCCCGGUCCGAUGCGCUCGAGCACAUGAUGAGGAACCUGGAGGUGUAUGAGCGGCAGGCCUUGCGGGCGGCGGAACAGGGGGCUCAGAUCAUAGUAUUUCCAGAGGACGGUAUCCACGGGUUCAACUUCAGUCGUCUGUCCAUAUCAGGGUACCUAGAGACCAUCCCUGACCCCCUGACUGAGGACUGGAACCCCUGUACAGAACCCCACAGGCACACUUCCACUGAGGUUCUCCAGAGGUUGAGCUGCAUGGCUCGACGUCAUCGCCUCUACCUAGUGGCCAACAUGGCUAGUGUCCAGCCUUGCCCUCUGAACUCCAGCCUGGACCUUGACCCCGCCUGUCCGCCCGACGGACGUUGGCAGUUCAACACAAAUGCAGUCUUCAAGUCCGAUGGGUCCUUGGUUGCGCGCUACCACAAACACAAUUUGUACUUUGAGAAAGCCUUUGAUGCCCCGCCUAGGCUAGAGGUGGUGACCUUCGACACGCCGUUCGCCGGAAAGUUUGGGGUGUUAACCUGCUUCGACAUCCUGUUUCAUGACCCCGCUGUCAGACUACUGGAUCAGGGAGUCCGACAGAUGGUCUACCCCACGGCUUGGAUGAACCAACUUCCUCUGCUGGCCGCGGUUCAGUUCCAGAGGGCUUUCAGUCUGGGCGCUAACGUGACGCUGCUGGCGGCUAACAUCCGGGCGGACAGCUUGGGUAUGACCGGCAGUGGCGUCUUCACCCCCGACGCUGCCACCUACCAUCACGCCCGUGCCGGGGACCCCGAGGAGGGCAGGCUGCUUGUGGUCAGGGUGCCUGUGCUGGACACGGACUGGCUGGCAACGGAGAACCGGGCGGCGGGGCAGGCGAGAGGAGGAACUGUGGAGGCCGGUUCACCUGUGCCUCCAUCUGGCCAAGAGGUGGACUCUGGGUUCUGUCGACUGGGGAGCCAGCAAUGCCAGGGCGAACAUCUGCCUCAUUCCCCCUCUCCCUCGCCGCCCUCCCCUUUUACCACCUCUAUGAUGUACGAUCCGUUCUCCUUCCUGCUGCUCCGCGGGUCAGAGGGCAAGCUGACCGUGUGUGACGGGCCGCUUUGCUGCCACCUGCAGUACCAACGUUCUCCAUUGGGUGGCAAUGCAGAGCUGUAUGCUCUAGGGGCGUUCGCUGGCAUUCACACGGUUAAUGGACGAUACGCUGUACAGGUGUGCGCAUUGGUCCGCUGCUCCGGGUCAGAGGCCAGCUCCUGUGGACAGGAAGUGGAGGAGGCAGAGUCCAGAUUGGACUUUGUGUUGGAGGGAAAGUUCAGAACACGUCACGUUUACCCGUCAGUGCUAGGCAGUGGAAUGGUCCUAGAACAACCUAACCGGGUUGAGACGACCCCAGAUGGUCGGGUGACGAUGGCGCACUCUGGAAUGACUGUUGGACUGGUGACCGCAUGUCUCUACGGCAGAGUGUACGAUCAGGACUAGAGCAUGUGAAUGCGUGUGGGAGAGUACGUGUGAGUAAUGAUUGUCUUGUUUCUACGUUAGCUAAUAAAGGUUCUCCAAUCUCUUA